AUGAAGGCUGUUCUGGUUGGAAUUUUGGUGGGCCUGGCUACCGCCAGUCCUGUUUCGUUGCAUCAAGAUCCAUGGGACCCAACAAUUAAGCUUCCGUCUCCAACGCAGCAGCUGGUAUGGGGAGAUGUGAACGUCCUUCAUACAACUGACAUUCAUGGGUGGAUAUCUGGCCACUCAAAGGACGUUUAUCCCGAGAAGAGUUGGAGCGGCAAUUUUGGGGAUUUUUAUUCUUUUGUGACACAUAUGCGACAGAAGGCCAUGACAAAGAAGUCCGAUCUAUUGCUCAUUGAUACUGGCGAUCGACGCAUUGGCCAUGGUUUGACUGACCAUAUUUUUGACCCUAAAAAGGCCAAUGGCCAGGAUGCUUCCUUGUUAUAUUAUGAUAUGGGCUACGAUCUGGUGGUCCCUGGAAAUCAUGACCUCAGAAAUCCUGCGGUAGUAGACUUCACAAUAAAUACCCUGAAACCUUUAUGGGGAGAAAAGUAUCUCACAAGUAACGUCUAUAUUACAAAAGUUAAACCUGGAGAAGGCGAAGAUCAUUUAGGAGAUCCAGCGAACUUCCGGAAGUGGACGACCGACAAUGGGAGGCGGAUGAUGGCAUUUGGCGUGGUUACUAGGUCUCAAUUCAAGACGGCCAUUGCUUCUGCAAAAGACACGGAUGUUUUUGUGCUCUUAGGCCACGUGGAUCCCAAUCCCGAAAGGCCAACACGCAGGGAUAACAUCAUGCUCAUUUAUGAAGCUAUCCGCGAACAACAUCCGCUUACACCAAUAAUGAUAUUUACCGGCCAUUCUCACAAACGCUGGUGUAAAAUAAUCCGAAACGAAUAUGGCUCCAAGCGUUCAAUGCUGCUUCAGAGCGGCCACUAUUUUGAUACUGUUGGUUGGAUGAGUGUUAUGCUUGACGGCAACACAGAGUCUGAGGACUUAAAAUUUAACCGCCGCUACCUGGAUAAUAACCUUGCGACUUAUAUGUUCCAUACCGACAAGACUUAUGACUUCUUUACCCCCCAGGGGAGAAACAUAACACGCUUUAUUCAGAAGAUGGAGGAAAACGAGGCCUUGAACAAGGUAUUUGGACAGCUUGAUUCGGAUUACUAUCUUGAUCGUAAUACCUGGGUCGAAGACGGGCAACUGGGGAUCUUACGAGGUGACAUCUAUAGGGGUCCAUUCACAAAGGCUGACUUGUAUGCCAUUAGUCCUGAUGACAGAAGCCCCUUCCUUUAUGCAACCAUAACAAAAGCAAACGAUGAUGCAAAGAGAGAGAAGGAAGAAAUGGAAAAAGACGAGCGGGAGCAAAAGAAAGGUUCGAAAAAGUUCGAGCGCUCGUACAAGUCCGAUACCAAGAUAAUUGGCACGAACGUAGAUCGUUAUCAAUCUCGUUUUGAACUUCCGCCAAUCAACCCCAACCCCAACCCCGAGGAAGAUGAACUCACAUAUGGACGAAAGACUCAAGAUGAAUGUGAAGGACCUGGCGACGACAUUCUUCACUUGAACGUCCCUCAAGUUGAAUUCGACGCGACAAAUAUGUAUCCGGUUUACUUCUGGCGCAAGAAUUUUCAGGACGAUUUAUCUAAAGACAAGUUUGUCGAUAUCAUAACUACAAAUUACAUCGGAAACAGCUACGUUUUCAAGGCAUUGGAAGAAUUAGUUGGUGAACACGUUAUAAAGCCUAGGCUGGCUUCAUACCGGGACGAUAUAACGCAGGAUAAUUUAUUGGAGAAAUAUGUUAGCAUCAGUGGCCAUUGUUUAGUAUGA